AUGUGUAGGUGGGGUUAUGAGGUUAAUGCCUCUUCCGAUGAUUGCAUCAACGCAAUUGACUCCUACUUUCAUCAGGUUCUUAGUUACGGGAGGAACGGGAAAGUGAUUCUAGAAGCACCACUCUAUGACAAAGAUUGUGUUUUGGGCAACGUUUUAGCUGCUCAUUACCUUUCCUCCUCAUCGGAUCUUUCCAAGGCUAAUACCUAUGUUGAAGCUGCAAGAUCCAAUAUUGAACAAGCUACACCUUAUGAGAAAGCUGUUUUCGAGGCUAUUAGUUACAUGAUCUCCGAGGACAGAGAUGAUGACUUGGCUCUUGAAUUGCACACCGAGCUACUUAAAAAAUUCCCCAAGGAUCUGGCCUCUCUGAAGAGAGCUCAGGAUUUAUGCUUCUCCAUGGGACAGCCUGCUCCCUUUUUGAGUCUUGUUCAGCAAGUUCUACCUGUGAAUCAAGAAGAAAGUUACAUACACGGUAUGCUUGCGUUCCCUUUGUUAGAACUUGGUCGAAUGGAAGAAGCUGUUGCAGCUUCAAAAAAGGGCUAUGAGAUUAACAAAGAAGACGCCUGGGCACAUCACUGUUUGUGUCAUGUUCUUCACCAUGAAUGCAAGUUUAAAGAAGCAGUGGAGCUCAUGGAAGAACUCGCAGAAUCUUGGCACUCUUGCUCAUCCUUCAUGUAUGCACACAAUUGGUGGCAUAUUGCUCUAUGUUACUUGGAAGGAGGGUCACCAAUGAGCAAAAUAGAGGAGAUUUAUGAUAAUCACAUCUGGAAGGAAUUGGAGAAAGACGAUGCAGUUCCUUCCGAAGUUUAUCCCAAUGCUCUUGGUCUGUUAGUGCGUUUGGAUGUAAGAGAUGCUCUUAAAGGCUCCUUUGAAGACCGUCUCAAACUCCUUGCAGCUCGUUUGACUGAUCAGGAAAGCUGGUACUUGAAAUGGAACCUUGACAUAUUGAUAGUUUGGGCAUUAGCCAAGGCUGGAGAGACUUCAAAAGCUGAUGAAUUACUCGAGGGUUUGAAGUUCCGAGUAUCAAAGAUGAACAAGAAGAAACAACAAGUGAUGCAGAAAGGGAUUCAGCUCGGAGAAGCUGUUUAUGAAUAUGCAAAGGGUAACUACAAACAGGCUCUAGACCUACUUGGUCCAGAUUUUAAUGCCUUUGGUUACAAGAUGAUUGCGGCAUCAGAUGAACAGAUUGAUGUUUUCAACGAAAUGUGGUGCCAGCUGCUGCUGAAGACAGGCCAAUCCUCCACUGCCAAAGAAGUGAUAAGAGAGAGGAUCAAGGUCAGAGAUGGUGUUCCUUUCACGUGGCGUUUACUGGAGAAAAGUUAUGCCAUGGAAGGCAAUGCUAAGGCUGAGAGUGCAGGAGAGAGAGCUAAGAAGCUUGAAUCUUCUUAUUUCUAA